AUGCCGACUAUUCCAGCACCACCAACAACCACUCUACAGUCUUCCAAUGAAUUACCUAGGACUUUAUGGAUGGGCGAUCUUGAUCCUGGGUUCGAUGAGCUGAUCAUCGCUUCUAUAUGGCAGAGUCUUGGCAAAUCUGUCAAGGUGAAAUUGAUCAAAAGUAAAACUAAUGCUCUGGUCCCUAUCAACAGUACUUCGAUUCCAAAUAAUGCUUCCAGCAAUGCGUUAGAAAUAAACGGUGUCUCUUUCAUUGAUCCUAAUAAGACAAAUUUACAUCAUGCAGGUUACUGUUUCGUGGAAUUUGAAUCGUUUGAAGAUGCGCAGCAAGCAUUGACACUCAAUGCUACUCCUAUACCGAACAUUUCAUGUAACACAACCGCGUCUAAACGGACCAACGAUGAUGGCAAGAGGAAGUUCAGAUUAAACUGGGCUAAUGGUGCCACAUUGCAUUCUACCAUUCUUCCGACUCCGGAAUUUUCGUUGUUUGUUGGCGAUUUGUCCCCAUUCGCUACUGAAGCUGAUUUGCUAUCGUUAUUCCAAACUAAGUACAACAGUGUGAAAACUGUAAGAGUCAUGACCGAUCCUAUCACCGGUGCGUCGCGCUGCUUUGGUUUCGUAAGGUUUGCUAAUGAAACCGAAAGAAGAAAUGCAUUAAUUGAAAUGAAUGGUGUGCAAUUUCAAGGAAGACAGUUAAGGGUCGCAUAUGCUACACCAAGGAAUAACGUUGCUCAGCAACACCUGUCCGGGAAUCUGGGCCAACAGCUGCAUUCGAAUAUAAUUCUUCAGCAACAGCAACAGCAACAACAGCAACAACAACAACAACAACAACAACAACAACAACAACAACAACAACAGCAGCAACAACAACAUGAACAGCAAUUACAGUUACAGCAUCUACAACUACAACAUCAACAGCAACAACAACAACAACAACAACAACAACAACAUCAUCAUCAUCAUCAAUUACAAUUCCAAAAUCAUCACAUUCAGCCACAUCAGCAACAAAAAGCCCCCCCACUGAUAAAUCACCAAGUGGCACCCAUGAUGAAUCAAACUGCUCCAAUGCUCUUAGACACAGCUAAUGUCUUAGUUUCUUUGCAAAUGCCUCCACCGCAGGCCAAUCCUUCAGUUAAUGAUGUAAUACUCACUGGAAAUAGUAAUGGUACGACCGGUUCCUCCACAACAAGUAAUUCCAACAGUAACUACUCAAUUAAUAACAAACAGAACAACAACUUCGAUGUUAAUAACCCCAACGGGUUGUCUGUGUAUUCACCAACUUCCUCCUCAACCACAACAGUAAACAAUAAUGCGAUGAACGCUGGGGUCUCUUCUACCACUGUAUUUGUUGGUGGUUUGAAUCCAAAUAUCAAUGAGCUACAGCUUUUUGAGCUUUUUAAACCUUUUGGUACCAUCACUGAUGUAAAGAUUCCUCCUGGUAAACAAUGCGGAUUUGUCAAAUACAACGAAAGAUUGGAAGCAGAAGCUGCAAUCAAUGGAUUACAAGGGUUUAUCAUCAUGGGCUCACCAAUCAGGCUUUCAUGGGGCAGACUAAACUCAAAUUCAGCAUCAGCUUCAAAUGCAACAACAACAACAGCUCCUCCUUCAUCCUACUUGUACGUUUAG